UCCCCAAACUUUGGCCUGGAUGUUCACAUUGAACUAGUUAACGUGCGUCUACUACCGGAAUACGAAGACGUGGCGUACAAACACAGCGACAAUGGAAUCGUGCUGGACACAUCAAGGCGAUCGAACAUGCAUCACUGGCGAGCACCGUUGCAGGAAGUCCUGAAUAACUGGUGUCGACAUCCACUUCCUAUCCAAUAUUAUCUAACGAUGCAUCCCUAUCUGGAUCGACAUACUACGGCUAGGAGACAAACAUGUAUCAGUCCUAUGGCUACCGCCUACAAUCACAUCAAACCACCCUUGUGUCCUCCCAACGUACCGCACAAAAGCACGUAUUUCCAUCGCUCCAUCAACGGGCAGUGUACGCAAAAUCGGAAAAUGUGUGAUCAUGAGUGUCAAACUUGGAAUCAGUCUGUCGUUUCUCUGUCUCUCAGUUUCUCAUCUUCACUUGGGACGUCUGACCAGUCGAAGACAGUGAACUUUUCACAGACACACAGCGCCGCCACAAAGCGUAACAACACACCUCUGUCACCUCGAACAAAUCCUCAGAUAUUGGAAACUGUGAAGCGUGAGACACGAAGAGAAGGCCUUCACAGGGCAGAAUGCGCGUGUCGUUUUCCGGAAGACCAGGGAAAUAGGCGCUUGUUUACACAGCCCCGAUGUUUUAUCAACGUGAUUAAUUGA